GGACUAUAGAUAUGACAAUAGCUCUUUGUUCAGUAGUUCAUGUUUGGAGGUAAAAACUGUCUAUUUAUGAAGUCAGUAGUUGACUCGUGGCUGUUGUAGACAGACAGACGAAAGAGUGUAUGGAUAUCACCAAAAACACCGCAGAAAUCCCCUUUAGCUCGUGGGUGUUAUCGUAACCCUUGGGGCUUGGAGGGGAAAUGAAUGGAGGACAAGGCGUCAUUGCACGCACCUGUUGAGGAGAGUAAUGUUAAUACGAAGUUGGAGAUGGUUCAAGACGUGUGAUCAACUCUGGCUAUAUGCAGUGACAAGUCAUCAUGAAGAAGAGGUGCACCUUACUCUACAUAGCUGAUACGCUGUCAGUUGGCAGGUGAGCUGUGGGAGUGUGUUCAGCCCCUGUGAGGACACGGUGCAACUCAUUACUGUCACGAGAACAUUGCCUCGUGGCAGCAAGUGUGCAGUUUCUGUUGGCACUACACAUGGGCAUGAUGUUAAAGGCCCACAGUUGGGCAAACCUGAAUGUAUCGGGCAAUCCACCAUCUGCCCCCAAAGAUACAACACUACAGUUUAACAGUAAUACAGUGUCCAAACUGAGACAGCACAAGAGUCAUUUGAAGGAGAAGGAAGAUGAUGAGUGUUGCACAUUAGCUACCUCUGACAUUGUCACCAACAACCUCCAUAUGCCACUAGAACAGAACAGUACCUGGCAGGACCGCCAAACGUCACAUAUGUUCAUACCUAUACCCAGGACCAGGACCUUGAGAAACAAUAGUAAAUCUCACAGAGAAGUCAACAAAACUUCCUCCCAUAGGAUGGGAAACGACACAGUUUCAGGGUAUGAUGGCCCCCGAUCAUCAAGAUAUAAUAGUUGUACAGACAUAACAACCCUACCUAUGGUAGCAGAGUUAGAUAAUGAUGAAGGAAGGAUUACAAGUGACCAGUUGUACACCACCGUCAAAACACAUAGUGAUGAGGUGAGUACCUCCACUCCUGACACCCAUGUAUUCCGAGCUCACAGUCUGGGAGAUUUAACAACUGGACUCACAUUAUCCUUAGUUGGGCAGAGACAAGCUGACAGCAUGUUAAAUCUGUCUGAAAACAAUAACAUGACCACACAAAAUACCAAAAUGUCUUUGGGCUUACUCAAGGAAUCCAGGUUGAAACAGACACGAGAAAUUAACGGAAAUAUUCCUGAAGAAACAACACAGAAAGUGACAGAAGUUACACGUGAAAGUGGCCACUUAUCACAACAGACUCGCUGCCUUCCCCAGGGCCGAGUGUCACCAAACGUUGCAGGGAGGGAAGUAUCGCCACUCAAGGGAAGACGAUGUCUACCCCAUGUGCCUGUCACUGAAGGGUCUGAGAGAAUUAAACGUUUUACAGAGCUAAUGAAGGCAAGAAUGGCGUUGAAUAGUAGAGCCAGUCAGGGUACGAUUUCAGUCAGUUCAAUGCCAGUUACUCCACACCAGCCUGAUGCUCAACACAAUCUGGCAAGUGUAUCCACUCCAUCAGAUAAUGAAGUGUCCAAUUUCUUUAGUCCUGAUAAAAGUGCAGGUCACAGGACGCCUAGAAAAAGCACUCAAGACAGAGCACCACAAUAUCUGCAUACAGAAAAUAAAGGGCCGGAAGCUAUGUACAGACAAUCAAAAGGUAGAGCUCCAGUGAAUUCCCACCAACACAUAGGGGUGGGACUUGGGCACUCGCUGUCACUGAACUGUACACCCAAACUACCAGAAGACAGUGCAGAUUUAGGGCACCCAGUUCUUCAUUCCCAUCCCCAUUGCAGUACCUCAGACUCUGGAUAUGUCACAAACAAUGACUUUGACACUGACAUUUCCAACACAAUGGUUUCUCAUUUAUACAAUGAGAGAAGGACUAGUGAGGGUCUGAAGCUGUCCCAAAAAGAGUACAUGAGCAAAUGUUCAGACAGUUUAUAUUCAUCCUAUUACGAUCAUGUUAGAAAUAUUACUGGUGAUCCUCAUUUCCGUGAUACAGCCAGUCAUGGGCGUGCAGCUAGGAGAGAGGUGGCACUGUACACUAAUAGCAACAACACUGUACUGAAAGGAAUAGCACAGUCGGAUGAAACAUUCCUCACAACCGUCAAUGGAUUUCGGCCCGUGAGAGAGGAUGACAGUGUUCAGUAUUAUCACCAUGAUGUUCACGAUGCUGGUUAUCUGAGUCAUCAUACUUUAAGUGGCAAAAAGAUUGCACAUUAUGCUUCUCAGCCAAAUUUGAAUUUGGCUCUUUCUAAAAGCGGUGAAGAAAAUUUUGUGAGAAAGAAAUCAAGUCAUCAAAGAGUCCUUCAUAAGAGUACACCUGUAAUUGUUAAAAACAACAAAGUUGAAAAUCCUCAUAGAUCCAAAAGUAGCUCUGCUGGAAGACGCUGGUGUGAUGGUAAUAUGGACCCAGACAAAGGUCUUGGUGGUGUCCAGUCUCCCACAGCGUCUGCUUCAUCAUCCCAUCCACCAUCCUGGAGUCCUGGGCAGCAGAGUGAUGCAUACCUUCAACAUCAGGCACAAGCACAGAACUCGGAUAAUUCACUGCGUUGUGCAACUCUUCCUGGAAACUGGAGAUUUAAUGGAAAGGGAGACAAUGGCUACAAAAUACCUGUUACCAAAUUUCCAACACUGUAUCAGAUGGCUCAAGUGUAUAAUUUUCAUGGAACAAAGAUUGUGCUUCCGAGAGGACUCCCUUUGGAUAAGUCUCUUCAGCUAAUAGAUCAUGUAGUUGAACUACCUUCAUUGAGAGAAACAUUGAAAGAUCCUGUGAUUUCUUCCAUGCCCAAAGGCAAUUAUCCUUGCCUUGGUGGACCAGGUAGUGCCUUUCAGCCUGUCAAGUCUAAAGGUGUCACGCCAUUCACUGUAGUUGCAGUGGGUGGUAUCCAUGACAACAUGCUGGAAGCUGCAAGUGAUUUAAAGUCAGGUGAUAUCAUAAUUGAGAUGAAUGGGCGUCUGGUUCUAGGUGCAGAUUCUACUCUGGUCCGUAAAACACUGGAAAUUAUUCAAGGAGAGAUAAUUUUGACUGUUGCACGUUCAAAAUCUGAAAUCAACAAUACAUCUGUUAAAAUGGACCAAAUGGUGAAGGAAAUUGAUUUCCUGCGUGCACAGAUUGCACAGCGGGAUACGUGCAUCAGGGACAUGCAGUCUCUAUUACCGUGGCAGCAAGAAGUGUCUACUGCUGCUAAGAGGUUGAAGAAUGAUGACAUUCCUAAUGAAGAGGUGGAGAUAAGUGAUGAUGAGUUCAUUGUAUAAGAAAAAGUGUUACAGCAGACCUGAGUUUCCAGCAAGAAGACUUUCAGGGGCACUUGAACUUCUUGACAGAAAAUCAAAGAUUUUGGAUCAUUUUGGAGUAGCAACCAAGUUGAAAAUAUCUUUCAGUGUCAUGAAACUACAAGCUGUGUGAUAUUAUUAAAUGAGGUGAAGGCUCAAACUUCAA